AUGAGGUCCCAACUGACAAACUUGGCCUUGGCCAUCAUCCCCUUCGGAGCAAGCUGCACUUCCCUCCCCCGGACAAACCAUCGGCAACCCCUCGCCCACCGAGAUGAGCCUCUUCUCAUUUAUAAGAACUCCUCAUACUGCGUGGACGACCGCGUGGAGGACCUUCUACAACGCAUGACCAUCGAGGAGAAAGCCGGCCAGCUCUUCCAGAGCUCGCUCCAGCAGGGUCCCAAUGGCACUCUCGACCCCGGCGACGCGACGGUUCGCCGCAACAGCACUGAAAACUUGCUCGGCGAGAAGUACAUGACGCACUUCAACCUGGUCGGUGACGUCGUCGACGCGAAGCAGGUCGCCGAGUUCGUCAACCGUGUCCAGCAGCGGGCCUCGGAGACCCGUCUCGGCAUCCCAGUCACCCUGUCGACGGACCCGCGCCACAGUUUCACAGAGAACCUAGGCACCGGCUUCCAGGCCGGGGCUUUCUCUCAGUGGCCCGAGUCCUUGGGUCUCGCCGCGUUGCGAGACCCGUACCUGGUGAGGCAGUUCGCCGAGGUCGCCCGCGAAGAGUACAUCGCCGUCGGCAUCCGGUCCGCGCUCCACCCGCAAGUCGACCUCGCAACUGAGCCUCGGUGGGCGCGCCUGGGUAACACCUGGGGCGAGGACGCCAACCUCACGAGCGAGCUUCUUGUCGAGUACAUCAAGGGCUUCCAGGGCCAGGGCGAAGAGCUGGGGCCUUAUAGUGUGACGACAGUCACCAAGCACUUCCCCGGCGGCGGCCCCAUGGAGAAUGGCGAGGACUCCCACUUCACCUACGGGAAGAACCAGACGUACCCCGGGAACAACUUUGAGUACCACCUCAUCCCCUUCAAAGCUGCGAUCGCAGCGGGCGCGAGGCAGAUGAUGCCGUAUUACUCGCGCCCCAUUGGCACCGAGUACGACCCCGUCGGCUUCUCUUUCAACAAGCAGAUCGUCACGGGUCUCUUGAGGGAAGAACUCGGCUUCAAAGGAAUCGUGGUGUCAGACUGGGGCCUGAUCACGGAUACGGUGAUUCGCGGACAGGACAUGCCGGCCCGCGCGUGGGGCGUGGAGCACCUGACGGAGCUCCAACGGGCCGCCCGGAUCCUGGACGCUGGUGUAGACCAGUUCGGCGGCGAGCAGCGCGUUGAGCUUGUCGUCCAGCUGGUGAAAGAGGGCAACGUCACCGAGGACCGCAUCGACGUUUCCGUCAGGCGUCUCCUCCGCGAAAAGUUCCUCCUCGGCCUCUUUGACAACCCCUUCGUCGACCCCGAGGCCGCGGCCAGGAUCGUUGGAAACGACUACUUUGCCCGUCUCGGCAACGACGCCCAGAGAAGGGCCUACACGCUCCUCACAAACAAGGACGAUAUUCUGCCCCUGAAGCACCUGGGCACCGAUACCAAGUUCUACAUUGAGGGCUUCAACGCCACCUUCCUCGAAGCGCGCAACUACACCGUCGUCGAGACGCCGGAAGAGGCAGACUAUGCGCUUCUGCGUCUCCAGGCGCCGUACGAGCCCCGCCCCGGCGGGUUCGAGGCCGCGUACCACGCCGGCUCCCUCGAGUUUUCGGAUGAGGAGAAGGCUCGCCAGGCCGCCAUCUACGCGGCCGUGCCCACCAUUGUCGACGUGAUCCUGGACCGCCCCGCGGCCAUUCCCGAGGUGGUCGACGCCGCCGCCGCCGUGCUUGGUAGCUUCGGCAGCGGGUCCGAGGCGUUCCUAGACGUGCUCUUUGGCAUCGCGGCCCCAGAGGGAAGAUUGCCUUUCGACCUGCCACGGUCGCAGCGGGCCGUGGAGGAAGCGAAGGAGGACGUGCCUUUCGACACGGAAGACCCAGUGUUUAGGUUUGGUCACGGCUUGAGAUAUGCCGGAAAAUGCGCCGCGUGA